AUGCAGUGGGGAGAGGGCAGCGCUCGCCCCUUCAAGCAGAGGAAGAGCCUGGCUGCCAGGAUGCACGAAGUGACGGAGAUCCGGAUAAAGUACCCCAAUAAAAUCCCGGUGGUGGUGGAGCGGUACCAGAAGGAGAAGAACCUGCCCGCCUUGAACAGGACCAAAUUCCUGGUAUCCCAGGACCUGCCGCUCUCCCAGUUUGCCGUCACCCUGCGGACCCGGCUGUACCUGGCAUCUUCCCAGACCUUCUACCUGUUGGCGGACAACCGCGCGCUGCCCAGCAUGACGGCCACCAUGCAGGAGCUCUACCGCGAGCACCGGGAUGAAGACGGCUUCCUCUACCUCACCUACGCCUCCCAGGAGGUGUUCGGCCAUCCCACGGGGAGCUGA